CGUACAACAAAGGCCAUAACUUUAAAACCACUGACAGGUGAAGUGAAUAACACUGGACAUAUUAGACAGCAAGUGAACAACGAGUUCUUGAAGUUAAUGUGUUGGAAGCAGGCAAAAUACGGUCAAAAAUGUCACCAAAUUGUGACCCUUAGUUAUGUGGAAGAAAUUAUAGAAUAAUGAGCCAUGCUGAGGUGCAGGUUCCAUCUUCACAUUUUUCAUCUUAGUUGCUUUGACCAGAGGAAAUGAGAGAUGGAACAAACAAAGAAAAAUGUUGUAAUGGAUUCCUCAGUGGCUGAAAGAAGAAACCAGAUUGUCUAAAUUCAGUGACAAACAAACUUGAGAACAGUACUGAGACUGAAAUGGACUCCCGUGACUUUCAGAUUACCUUUCAAAUACAAGCAACUACAGUACAACAAACACAAACGUCAUUGUUUAUUGAAAAAAAUGCCUUAGGCCACACCUAAGUCACCUGUUACCAAGACAUCUGUUAUGACCAUGAGUAAAUGAGCAUUUACUAAUGUAUUGGGUGUAUCAAUAUUGGUGACUGUCAGUUUCUUUUACUGGACUUGACUCAGUUGUUAAUUGUCCAUAAUUUUGGUCUUCUAAUAUAAUGUACAAAUAAAUACUACUACUACUACUACUACUACUACUACUACUACUAAUAAUAAUAAUAAUAAUAAUAUGAAGAUGAAAAUGAAGAUGAAGAGAACGAAGCUGACUGGCAUCAUUGACUAAAUUGUUCAUAAUGUGUGAACAUGCCCUUAAAUGGGUUGACACCCCAUCCAGGGUAGCACCUUCUUUGUACCCCAAGUAUCUUGGGACCUACUCUAGGUUCCCCGCAACCCUGUGUAGGAUAAGCAAUACAGAAAAUGGAUGGGUGGAUCCGAUAACCAUAAUGAUAAUAAUAAAUGCUUUCUCCAAAUAUUCAGUCUGUUAUUUCUAUUCAAGUUUUCAAUUGAUAAAGUAUUUUUGAAACAAUUCAUUAAUUGAUAGUACAUUAACCCCUUUACAAAUUUCCAAAGUAUGAGAAACCCAAUGAUGUUUCCUAUAGGUCAUUAUUACUAGAGCUAUAUUACUAGUACUACAAUCCAGAAUAGUUUCAGGCCCUUAAAAUCUUCUCCAACACGCCUGAGAACAAUAAAACCAGGUUCUUUCAGUUGCCUGGUUACUAAAGCAAACACAGCUAGCUUAAGUAAUGCCAUAGCACUGUUUCAAAUGUCUUGGGAAAGGGAGAAGCAAGCAAAACAGUUUUAUUUACAAGCUAGUGAGACAGGAUUGUGAAUAAUUCAUAUGGAAGAUCUGUCAAGAGUAGAGGAAGAGCUUUAAAGUGCACAUUCUCUGAGCUAGAGACGUGAAGCUAUCUGGAUAAAUUCUGGAACAUAAAAUGGCAAAGGGGAAAAGAAAAUCAAAUGAGCCCAAAGGUCGAAAAAUCACACUUAAGAUGGCCAAGAAUGCAGUAAAGCUGACGAUGGAUGGCAAGCGCCGUUUAGACCUGAGCAACAUGGAGAUCACCACAUUCCCUAAGUGCAUUCUCAAACUGUGUGAUGUGGAUGAACUGGACCUCAGCCGCAACAUGCUGAAGAAGAUUCCCAACUCAAUCAAUAAGUUUGUCAACGUUCGAUUGCUUGACUUGCAUAGCAACCAAUUGGAGCAGCUUCCAGAGGCUAUCGGUCACCUGCAGAAACUACAGAAUCUUAAUAUAUGCAACAAUAUGCUAACCACCUACGGUAUCCCACAUACACUUGGACUUCUUAGGAACCUGAAGAAACUUAACCUGGGUAUGAAUCGAAUUGAGACGGUUCCAUCUUUCAUUGCAGGACUGAAGGAGCUAUGCGAGCUCAGGCUCUUCAACAACCUUUUGACUCAAAUUCCUCUGUGGCUCCAGAAUUUGCCCAACCUUCACAGGCUCAACAUAAAGUGCAACCCACUACCUUCAGGAAAUCCACCAAAACUGGACCCUAUUCAAAGGGUAGAGAGCCUCUACUUGGUUAGGAAAGAUUGCUUUUGUAGUGAAUGUCUUAAGAAGUGUAAAGAAGAGAGAGACAGGUUGGACAGAAGGCUUACUGGACAGACUGUACAGAGAAAAACCAUAAUUGCUGGCUUAAUUUUGACUAAUUACAAAGAGCAGGGUGUUGAAGCAACAUGCAGAUAAAGGUAAUGAGUGAAAAAAAGCUGUGCUCUGAUUUAUUUAAAUAAUAAAAAUAUAUACUGAAUAUAUUUAUAAAAUCAUAAUGAAAUCAUUAUUAUAGAAGAGCACUGAUUGGUCAGAAAGUAAAAUAUUGAUAAAAAAAAGCUGCAAGAAGAAUAUCCAUAUUCAAGAAUAUCCAUUUUUCUUGAAAGAAGAAACCAGAUUGUCUAAAUUCAGUGACACACAAACCUGAGAGUGGGACUAAGGCUGAAACGGAUACCAAUGACAUUCAGAUCACCUUUUAUAUAAAAGACACUACAUAAAUCAAGAUUAAAAGUGAAUUGAAUUAAAAAGUUAUUUUAACAUCAUUGAUAAGUUGAUCGAGUUCAGGAAAACAUCGCUUAUCACAGAACUUAAAACCUUCUGUAAAGAGAUUUUAUAUUUCUGGGUGGAAUUCACUGUCUCUCUGAUGUUUAACACUCUAAGGGAACUAACUUGGGAAUCAAUAUAACUAGAGGAUAGUCUUGAUGAGAAGGGAUGUUUUCUGUGGUGUGCUGAAAUAUCAUUUUCUUAAUAUUAGAAGAAACAGGCUGUAUUUUAACGAUUGUUUAACUGUUUAAUAUUACAACAGGAACUAAGCUGUUUUAUCAAUGUUCCAUAGUUCCGUGUAACUAAUAAAAGCCUCAAAAAAGGGUGUUUUUUAAUACAUGAUAGUAAUUAUAUUAUAUUAUAAUAUAUAUAAUUAUAAGUCUAUGGGUUAACUGGGCAGCUAUGUGCUGGUCAGAAAUAUGGCAGACCCACAUACUGUAUGAGGUUUAAUUAAGGAAGAAAGAAAUUAAUGCAAAUCUCUCACACAAAUUUUCAGCUUUCAAAUUUUCUUUCAAUUUUUCACAACCAUAUACACACAUGCUCAGCAGUGAUCCCAUUAUUAUAUGGUGUUGCAUGUACCUAGUCCCCAUCUGCUACACUAAGAACACUACAGAAUGUGCUGUUAAAGGAAAGUUAUCAACUCUGUGAAAGAACAUUUAACUGCCUAUUGUUAUUGUGUUUUUUAUUUCUAUUUCAUACCUAUUGAUUUAUUCCACAUAAUCUGAAUUUGAUGAAUUGCUAUAAUUAUUUGACCCACAUAAAAACUGUAUCGUGUAAGUGUGUGUGUGUUUGUGUUUGUGUGUGUGUGUGUGUGUGUGUGUGUGUGUGUGUGUAAACUGGGGCUUUCUCUCCUCUCUUGCUUUACAAACAGCAAGCUCAAAGGCUCUAGCAUAACCAUAAACCAUAAUCAGUUACUGUAUACUUCCUGUCACCUCAACCAGUCUGAACAUCCUCCAUAAACAUUUUCAUUAACAAAUACAUUUCUGGAUGUUUUUAAACUCAAAUGACUCUAAAAACUCCAAAAUUUUCAAGUGAGUCUGUCUGGCACCAAAAACCAUGGUAUAACUAGAGCUGGGUGAUAUGUCAAAUAAAUUGAAUCCCCAAUUUUUUGAUAAAAUUUUAUAAAAAAUAUAUUAAUAAUAUUUGUGGGAAAAUUUUCGUUUUACAACAUCGACAUAAACCACAAAUUCGAAUGAAUUUAUAAUGAUUAGGUACAACCAUAAGAUACAGCAAAGGAAACACAUGAUUUUCAAAUAGCCAAAAUGCAGCAAUGAGGAGGUGAGUAAACUCCAUUCCAUGUUAACAUGCAAUGUAAAUGAUUCCUGAACAUUCCUGAUCUUAACACCAUCAUCAGGUGGAUUGAAGCAUUCACCACAACAGGGUCUGUGAUGAAGAGGAACCCACCUGGCUUUCCAGUCUCUGUGCGAGAGCUAUUCUGAAAGCUAUUCUAUUCUAUGUCCAAC